ACUGCUGGAAUGCUCACAUCUCUGAUGCCUAAGAGGAACGCAAUCUGCAGCGCCAGGGAGCAAUAGCUAAAUCAUGGGAUUCCACCGUGCCCGCAACUAAGGCUGAAAAGGCUGACUGACCAAGAGAGAGAAUACCAGGAGAGAAAAGAGAAAGAAAACAAUAAGAAAGUUGCCACGCUAAAGGAGGAGCUGACCAAAUUGAAGUCGUUUGCUUUGAUGGUUGUGGAUGAACAGCAAAGACUCACGGAACAGCUCACGCUCCAAAGCCAGAAGAUCCAAGAGCUAACUGCCACCGCUCAGGAGACCCAAACAAAACUGGUCGUCGCUGAAGCCACAGCUCGAGAGGAGAAGCAGAAGGCCGUCGGACUGGAGCGGGAACUCCAGACGCAGACCCACAAGCUUACGCAGCAGCAAGAGGCUAUCAUGGCCAAACUGACCAACGAGGACAGCCAGAACCGCCAACUCCGCUUAAAGCUGGCGGCCCUCAGCCGGCAAGUUGACGAGUUGGAGGAGACCAACAGAUCUCUGCGAAAAGCAGAGGAAGAGUUGCAGGACAUAAGAGAAAAAAUUACCAAGGGAGAAGGAGGCAACUCCGGCAUCAUGGCGGAAGUGGAAGAGCUCAGGAAGCGAAUCCUGGACAUGGAAGGCAAAGACGAGGAGCUCAUAAAAAUGGAGGAGCAGUGCCGCGAUCUCAAUAAAAGGCUGGAGAAAGAAACGUCGCAGAGCAAGAGCUUCAAGGUGGAGGUGGACAAGCUGAACAAACGGAUUACGGAGUUGGAAAAACUCGAGGAGUCAUUCAGCAAAAGCAAACAGGAGUGUUACUCUCUGAAAUCCCACCUCGACAAAGAAAGGACGGCAACAAAGCAGCUGUUUCAAGAGCUAGAUAGCUUAAGAGUCAGAAUUGGAGAGCUAGAGAGCACUGAAAGCAAGCUGGAGAAGACAGAAGGCACUCUCAAGGAGGAUUUAACGAAACUGAAAACGUUAACCGUGAUGCUUGUGGACGAAAGGAAAACAAUGAAUGAAAAAAUAAAGCAGACCGAAGAGAAGCUACAAGUGGCAACUUCUCAGCUGCAGGUGGAGCAAAACAAAGUGACAUCAGUUACCGAAAAGUUAAUCGAAGAGAGCAAAAAGGCCCUGAAAACUAAAACAGACGUGGAGGAAAAGAUGUACCACGUGACCAAAGAGAGAGACGAGCUCAAAAAGAAGCUCAAAGCCGAAGAAGAAAAGGGCAGCGACCUUCUGUCCAAAGUUAACAUUCUGAAGAAAAGACUCCAAUCCCUCGAAGGCACCGAGAAAGAUCUCCUCAAAAACAAAUUUAAACAAGAACCCAGUAAGGGCACAGGCAGCUUACACCAAGAAAACAAUAAGAUCAAAGAGCUAUCACAAGAAGUUGAAAGGCUGAAACAUAAGUUAAAAGACAUGAAAGCUAUCGAAGACGAUCUCAUGAAAACCGAAGACGAAUUCGAGACCCUAGAGAGACGCUACGCCACUGAGCGCGACAAAGCGAAGUUUUUAUCCGAGGAACUCGAGGAUGUCAAAAUGGAGCUUGCCAGGUACAAGUUGGCAGAGAAGACGGAGGCCAGCCACGACCAGUGGCUUUUCAAAAGACUCCAAGAAGAAGAAGCCAAGUCCGGGCAUCUAUCUAGAGAGGUGGACGCGCUAAAAGAGAAAAUUCACAAAUACAUGGCCACUGAGGACUUAAUAGGCCACUUACAGGGUGAUCACACCGUUCUGCAAAAGAAACUCAACCAACAAGAAAACCGAAACAGGGAUUUAGGAAGAGAAAUUGAAAGUCUCACCAGAGAACUGGAUAGGUACCGGCACUUCAGUAAGAGUCUGCGACCUAGCCUCAACGGUAGGAGAAUUUCUGACCCGCAGGUGUUCUCUAAGGAAGUCCAGACGGAACCAGCGGACAACGAUCCCCCGGAUUACAAGAGCCUGGUUCCUAUGGAGCGAGCCGUCAUCAACGGGCAGCUAUACGAGGACAGCGACAACGAGGACGAAGAGCUGAACGACGAUGAGCCCCGGGUGUCCUUCAAGUGCAACUCCUCCACUGUCCACCCUGUCAAUCGGAAAUUGUGGAUCCCGUGGAUGAAAUCCAAGGAGAACCAAUCUCAGAACGGAAAAGUACAAGCCAAACAGAACGGAAACUACGUCCAGCCUGGAGACUUGGUUUUGAGCCACACGCCAGGGCAGCCUCUUCACAUCAAGGUGACGCCGGACCACGGGCAGAACACGGCCACUCUUGAAAUCACCAGCCCCACCACCGAGUCUCCCCACUCUUACACCAGCACCGCAGUCAUUCCCAACUGUGGCACCCCGAAGCAAAGGAUAACCAUCAUUCAAAAUGCCUCCAUAACGCCCGUGAAGUCAAAAUCGAGCCCGGACGGCCUCACGAGCCCUGAGCAAGCCGCCGUGUCCCCAGUGGCCGUGGCAACGUUCGCCAGAGCUUCGACUCCAGAGUCCUGUGGCUCCAUCACUCCGGAAAGGACAAUGUCUCCCAUCCAGCUUGUGGCUGUGACUGGCCCGGCCAGCUCCCCAGAACAGAGCCGGUCACCGGAGCCCCUGGAGAUUGGGGCCAAGCACACCAUCUUCAGGGUCUCUCCGGACCGACAGUCGUCGUGGCAGUUUCAACGGUCGAACAGCACUGGUUCCAGUGUGAUAACUACUGAGGAUAACAAAAUCCACAUCCACUUAGGAAGCCCUUACAUGCAAGCCGUGGCGAGCGUGGCUAGUCCGGGGAGGCCCGCCAGUCCUUCUGUUCCACCCCAGGAUACCCGAACUCCAGCCCUAACGAAUGGGACACCCGGCAAAUCCACAAAUAAGGUCACCAGCAGUAUCACUAUCACACCAACAGCCACUCCUCUCCCUCGACAAUCACAAAUUACAAUCCCAGCAGGACUGACUGAACAACCCUUUUCACUGUGGGAGAGGUUUGUGCAUGAACUGUACAACAAUAUAUGGAACUAACUUUUAGUUUUGCCUGCAUAGUCAUACCAAGUGUGCACUUACUGUAUAUCGUUCAUUUACAUACCUGUAUGGAAAAUAUUUAGUCUGCACUUGUAUAAAUGCAUCUUUGUGUAUUUCAUUUUCCAUAACUCACAUUAAUUUUUGACUGCAACCUGUCUCAGUGAAAUACUUUUAACAUUA